AUCAGAUCACUCCUGCAAAGACAGAACAUUUGCAAAUUAUCCAUUUUAUGGGUAACGGGAACAAGAACAUCUUUACUACCAUCCACUGUUAUCAUCACACUGAAAAAAACACUAGGCUUUAGAAAGAAUCAUGACAGCUGAAAAGACAAUUCCUGUAAUUAAUGGCAAACCGGAGGAUGUCCUGGAUGCUGAAGCCCCAAGUUCCAACCUGGUACACAUCAAUGACAAGAAAGUAAAGGAAAGAGGACACUGGAACAACAAGGUGGAAUUUGUGCUGUCUGUGGCGGGAGAAAUUAUUGGGCUUGGGAAUGUGUGGAGAUUUCCUUAUCUUUGCUACAAGAAUGGUGGAGGAGCUUUCCUCAUUCCGUAUGUGAUAUUCUUUAUAUUCUGUGGCAUACCAGUAUUUUUUCUGGAGACUGCGCUGGGACAGUUUACAAGUGAAGGAGGGAUAACAUGUUGGAGGAAAGUCUGUCCUUUGUUUGAAGGUAUUGGCUACGCAACCCAGGUGAUUGAGGCACAUUUAAAUGUCUACUACAUUAUUAUAUUAGCUUGGGCAAUUUUCUAUUUAUUUAAUUGCUUCUCUGCAGAGCUGCCCUGGGCCACAUGUGGACAUAAAUGGAACACAGAUAAGUGCGUGGAAUUCCAAAAACUUAACAUGAGUAAUGGAAGUCAGCUAUUAUAUGCAAAUGCCACAUCCCCAGUGAUGGAGUUCUGGGAGGGUGGACAACUGGGAAGCGGACUUCCUCAGUCACCACGAUCUCCAACAGAUCAUCGACUUGUGGGGCUGCCCAAAGAUAGACUUGAUGGCUUCUCAACUCAACAAGAAGCUUCCCUGGUAUUGCUCAAGAACCAGGGACCCUCAAGCGGGGGCAACAGAUGCACUGAUGUCUCCUUGGCCUUAUCGGUUGGUCUACCUGUUUCCUCCGAUUCCGUUGCUCCCAAGGGUGCUCAAAUGAAUAAGGAAUCAGGAAGUCCAAGCAAUUCUGAUUGCCCCGGAUUGGCCUCGGAGGGCGUGGUAUGCAGAUCUUCUGGACAUGUCCGUGACAGACCCUUGGCCUCUGCCACUGAGAAAAGAUCUUCUGCAACAAGGCCCGUUCGUCUACCCGGACAUGGAGAUAGAGCAGAUCAUCCUAGCUCGCAAAGGCCUUUCCAGGAAGGUUAUUGCAACCAUGGUGCAGCUCAGAAAACCUCCUUGAAGGUCUAUGUCAAGAGAACAGCUCAGAUCAGAAAGACUGAUUCCUUGUUCAUGCUAUAUGAUGUGCAGAAGAAGGGUUGCCCUGCUUCUAAGCAGUCCAUUGCUCAUUGGAUUAAGUUGACUAUCCAACAGGCCUAUACAGUGGUUUACGUCACCGCUACCUUCCCCUAUGUUAUGCUACUGAUCCUCCUGGUCCGUGGGGUUACUUUACCAGGAGCAUCUGAAGGGAUAAAAUUCUACCUGUAUCCUGAUUUAUCACGCCUCUCAGAUCCACAGGUUUGGGUAGAUGCUGGUACACAAAUCUUCUUCUCCUACGCCAUCUGCCUGGGAUGUUUGACAGCUUUGGGAAGUUACAAUAACUACAAUAAUAAUUGCUACAGAGACUGCAUCUUGCUUUGCUGUUUGAAUAGUGGAACCAGCUUUGUAGCUGGUUUUGCCAUAUUUUCUGUCCUUGGGUUCAUGGCUUAUGAGCAAGGGGUUCCAAUUGCUGAGGUUGCAGAAUCAGGACCUGGGCUCGCUUUCAUUGCCUACCCAAAAGCUGUCACCAUGAUGCCUUUGGCCCCUCUGUGGGCAGCCCUGUUUUUUAUGAUGCUCAUAUUUCUCGGACUUGAUAGCCAGUUUGUAUGUGUAGAGAGCUUGGUGACGGCAGUUGUGGAUAUGUAUCCUAAGGUUUUCCGUAGAGGUUACCGGAGAGAAUUAUUAAUCUUAGCACUUUCCAUUGUAUCCUUUCUUCUUGGACUCAUCAUGUUAACCGAGGGCGGAAUGUAUGUCUUUCAACUUUUUGACUCGUAUGCAGCUAGCGGAAUGUGUCUUCUAUUUGUCGCAGUGUUUGAAUGUAUCUGCAUAGGUUGGGUUUACGGAAGCAAUCGGUUCUAUGACAAUAUUGAAGAUAUGAUUGGACACCGUCCAUUUUUUUUAAUUAAAUGGUGCUGGAUGGUUUUUACGCCUGGAAUUUGCGCAAGCAUAUUCAUAUUUUUCUUGAUCAAGUACAAGCCUCUAAAAUACAAUAAUGUAUAUACAUACCCACCAUGGGGUUACGGUAUAGGGUGGAUGAUGGCCCUGUCGUCCAUGGUUUGUAUUCCUUUGUUUAUAAUAAUAAAGCUGUGGAAGACUGAAGGAACCUUAUCUGAGAAAGUGAAGCGUUUGAUAUUACCCAGCCCGGAUUUAAAAAUGAGGGGGAAGCUUGGAGCUGCCACCUGUACGAAUGCUGUAAACGACUGUGACGCAAAGCUUAAAGGUGAUGGUACCAUAUCGGCCAUUACAGAAAAAGAAACGCACUUCUAAGGGGAUAUUUUAUUUUACAGUUGUUGCUUUGUAAAAAUAAGAAUAUGGAAAAAUAUUAUAUCACUGAAUUAAUAGAGGCUCACCUGUUUCGCACAGAUUUUAACAUGUUAAUUUCAAAGUGCACAUUGUAUACUGUUUCAAAGUGAUUUUUUUAUUAUUAUAUAAGUGACUGAUUACAAAACAGUAUUGUAUGGUCUUUUAGUGCCAAGUUUAUGUAAUAUUGUGAUACUGGUCAAUGUUUUAUAGAGCUGUAGACACAUGUAUAGUGUGUUGUUAGUUUUUUAUACUUGGAUUUUAUGAAGCAUGGUGUUUAUAUAGGAUUUUCCUGUAAUCUAAUGUACACAUUAUUGACCAUCACAGUUUAUUAUGUAUGCCUAUGAACAAGCUUGUUUUCAUUUAGUACUAGAUAUACAUGCCCUCUUCCCUCUGUAAACCUUUAUAUUACAAUGUCAGUCCAGUAGUAUCUCCUUGUUUUUGUCAAGAAAAAAGAAAACCCAACAGAAUCCUAACGUGUGGAUCACGUGAGCAUGUCAGUAUGUUCUAAUGAGACAGACUCUACAGCAGAACAUCAUUGAAGGAGAGUACUCUCAUAUACUGCAUAAACUAUGUGUUAUUGCAUUCACUCCCC